AUGGGCUUGGAGGCAAAGAUCAACCAAUCAGCCAGAUCGCUGACCAGCUUCAAUGGCGCAACAGUUACCGUGGGCACGAUAGACCUCGACGUCUACUCCCCACCUGUAGUCUACUUGCAAACGUUCAUGGUCAUUAAUGAGGUCUCACCCUACAACGGCAUUCUGGGCAGGCCAUGGAUCGGCAUGAUCAACACCAUCACCUCUGCCACACAUCAGAAAAUUCGGUACCCAAUCCCUGGGGGCGGUGUUGGACAAAUCAACAGCGAUCAGGAAAUGGCGAGGAAAUGCUCCGCCCAAGGGCUGAAGAAAAGCAAACAAGCGCACAAUCAAAGCGUCAGGACCAAGCCGAAGAAGUCUAUCCAGAGUCUCUCUGAAGAAGGGUGGAAGCCCGAGGAGGACGUCGAGUUAAUACCCUUGGAUCCUGACCAGCCAAACAAAAAAGCGUGGAUCGGCUCGGUCCUAAGCCCAGACGAGAAGGUGGAACUUACCACCUUCCUCCAAAACAACAAAGAUAUGUUCGCAUGGUCGCCGUUAGACAUGCCUGGUAUCGACCCGAACAUCAUAUGUCACCAACUCCACGUCAACCCUGCCUGCAAACCAGUGGCGCAGAAAAGACGCAACUUCGCACCCGAGCAGGUCACCAUCAUCGAAGCCGAGUUUGAUAAACUCCUAGCCGCCGGCUUCAUUGAAGAGGUCUCCUACUCGGAGUGGCUCGCUAACGUUGUUCUAGUGGCAAAACAAGAGAAGGGAAAGUGGAGAGUCUGCGUCGAUUACACCGACCUCAAUAAAGCGUGCCCAAAAGACAACUUUUCAUUGCCAAGAAUCGACCAACUAGUGGAUUCCACUUCUGGCAAUCAGCUACUUAGCUUCAUGGACGCCUACUCCGGCUACAACCAAAUCUUGAUGCACGAGGAUGAUAAGGCGAAAAUUUCUUUCAUCAUCGAGAGAGGGACCUACUGCUACAAGGUCAUGCCUUUUGGGCUGAAGAACGCCGGAGCAACCUACCAAAGACUGGUGAACAAAAUCUUCAAGGAGCAGAUCGGCAAAACUAUGGAGGUGUACGUGGACGACAUGCUGGUCAAGGCCCCAAAACGUGCAGAUCACCUCAAAAACCUCGCUGAGGCAUUCAGCCUGCUCCGCCAGUAUCGCAUGAAGUUGAACCCAAGUAAAUGCACAUUUGGUGUAUCCUCCGGCCGAUUCUUGGGAUACUUAGUCACACAACGAGGUAUCGAGGCACACCCACGUCAGAUCAAAGCUAUUCUCGAGAUGAAGUCGCCUUCCACAGUGAAGGAAAUACAAAGUCUGACGGGCAGAGCAGCGGCCCUCAACCGGUUCCUCUCAAGAUCAACCAACAAGAGUAAACCAUUCUUCAAAGCUUUAAAGAAAGGACAAAGAGACAAAUGGGAUGAGGAGUGCGAAGUAACUUUCCAGAGUCUGAAGGCUUAUAUUACUUCACCUCCCCUGCUUUCAAAGCCAGUCCCUAGUGAGGACUUGUUCGUGUACCUGGCAGUGUCCAACUCAGCUGUCAGCUCAGCUCUCAUCAGAGAAGAGCUGGGGGCCCAACAUCCGGUAUUCUACACGUCAAAAGCUCUCAUCGAUGCAGAGACUCGUUACCCAAAAUUAGAGAAACUCAUUUUGGCUCUUGUAGUUUCCGCGAGAAAGCUACGACCCUACUACCAAGCUCAUCUACCGGCCAAAAGCUGCAAUAAAAGCCCAAGCUUUAGCUAA